AUGGCUUUGACACAUAGAAAGAACCACAAGAAAGAUCCUGAGUCUGGGGAUGCAGAUGCUGAAGCUAAGCGUAAUGAAGAAGAAGAGAAGAAGAAGUAUGAAGGGGAAGAAUAUGAUGUACUACUUCGAUAUGUAGAGGAACAGAAGCAAAAGUUAAAGAACAAGAAAGAUGAUGAUGAUGAAGACGAUGAUAAGAAUGCGAAAUACGUUAGAAAAUGGUAUGCACCUUGGAAAAAGACAAAGGUAGAAUCCGGUACCAAGAAGGUUCCACAAGAAUGGUUAGAGACUGAUCGACAAAAAGGUCUAUCGUCCUCUGAUAUCGAUGAGAGAAGGAAACACUCAGGAUGGAAUGAACUCGAGAGUCCAUCCGAAAAUCAAUUCAUCAAGUUCAUAUCGUAUUUCCGAGGUCCCAUCUUAUAUGUUAUGGAAUUGGCUGUCUUACUUGCUGCUGGUCUGAGAGAUUGGAUCGAUUUCGGUGUGAUUAUUGGUAUCUUAUUCUUGAACGCUGCUGUCGGUUGGUAUCAGGAGAAACAAGCCGGAGAUAUCGUUGCUCAGUUGAAAGCGGGUAUAGCCAUGAAGACAAUUGUUGUCCGAGAUGGUAAGGAACAGGAAAUCGAAGCUAGAGAUCUGGUUCCCGGAGAUAUCAUCGUUCUUGAAGAAGGUAAUACAAUCGCUGCUGAUGCCAAGAUUUUGGGAGAUUACCAGGACAAAGAUGGAUCUAAGUCCAAAGAGAUUUUAGACAACCACGAGAAAUCUAAGAAGGCCAAAGGACAACAGAACGAUUCCGAUGAUGAAGAGCACGACGACGAUGAUGGACCAGAUAAGGGUCCUUCCGUGAUGUCAGUCGACCAAUCUGCUAUCACCGGUGAAUCGUUAGCCGUAGAUAAAUUCGUUGGCGAUGUCGCAUAUUAUACUUGUGGUGUGAAAAGGGGUAAAUGUUAUGGGAUGGUUACUGUCUCCGCGAAAGGUUCUUUUGUCGGUAGAACGGCUGCUUUGGUAUCUAGCUCGAACGAGAAGGGACACUUCCAAAUCGUUCUCGGUGGUAUUGGAACAACUCUCCUUGUCAUGGUCGUCGCAUUCAUCUUCGCUGUGUGGAUUGGAGGCUUCUUCCGUGGUACCAAGAUAGCUACACCCGAUCAAAACAACUUACUCGUCUACGCCCUUAUUUUCCUCAUCAUCGGUGUACCGGUCGGUCUACCAGUAGUCACCACCACCACCUUGGCUGUUGGUGCUGCCUACUUGGCCAGAAGACAGGCUAUCGUACAAAAGUUGACCGCCAUUGAAUCGCUCGCUGGUGUAGAUAUCCUCUGUUCGGAUAAAACUGGAACAUUGACCGCCAACAAGUUGUCGCUCAACGAACCUUACAUCGCACCUGAUGUUGAUCCCAAUUGGUUUAUGACUGUCGCUGUUCUUGCUUCAUCCCAUAAUGUAAGAGGAUUAGACCCCAUUGAUAAGGUUACUGUCGUUGGACUAAAGGACUUCCCUAAAGCCCAGGAGAUGUUGAAAGGUGGUUGGAAGACACACAAAUUCACACCUUUCGACCCAGUCUCAAAGCGGAUUACAGCCGAAGUUGAGAAAGACGGUAAACACUACACCUGUGCCAAGGGUGCACCCAACGCCAUUUUGAAAUUGUCUAAAUUCGAUGCUCAUACUGUAGCCGAUUACAGAAAUCAAGCUCAGCAAUUUGCUUCUAGAGGAUUUAGGUCUUUGGGUGUAGCAGUCAAGGAAGAUGGUAAAGAUUGGGAAUUGUUGGGGAUGUUAUGUAUGUUUGACCCUCCUAGAGGUGAUACUGCAAAGACUAUUGGAGAAGCCCACGAACUUGGUAUCUCAGUUAAGAUGUUGACCGGAGAUGCUGUCGCCAUCGCCAAGGAGACUUGUAAACAACUAGGCCUCAAAACCAAUGUGUAUGAUUCAGAAAAAUUGAUUGGAGGUGGAAUGGCCGGAUCUGAUAUUAGAGAUUUCGUCGAAGCUGCUGAUGGGUUUGCUGAGGUCUUCCCUGAACAUAAAUAUCAAGUCGUCAACCUCCUUCAAGAAAGAGGACAUUUGACUGCAAUGACUGGAGAUGGUGUCAACGAUGCUCCCUCACUCAAGAAGGCAGAUUGUGGUAUUGCCGUUGAAGGCGCUUCGGACGCUGCUCGGACGGCUGCAGAUGUAGUUUUCUUAGAUGAAGGUUUAUCAACUAUCAUCACGGCUAUCAAAGUGGCGAGACAAAUUUUCCAUAGGAUGAAAGCGUAUAUUAUCUACCGUAUUGCCCUUUGUGUGCACCUUCAAGUGUACCUUAUGCUUUCGAUCUUAAUCAAGAAUGAGACAAUCCGAGUAGACUUGAUUGUGUUUUUGGCUAUCUUUGCGGAUGUAGCUACCAUAGCUAUUGCUUACGAUCGAGCCCCUUACGCUAGACAACCUGUCGAAUGGCAAUUACCAAAAGUUUGGAUCAUCUCUACAAUCAUGGGUCUUUUGCUAGCUGCUGGUACUUGGAUCAUCCGAGGGACGUUGUAUUUAGAAAACGGAGGUAUCAUCCAGAACUUUGGUUCAGUACAGGAAGUCUUGUUCUUGGAAGUUGCCCUGACAGAAUCUUGGGUCAUCUUCAUCACGCGAUUGGCUCAAGAACCAGGAACUCCGAAUGUCUUCCCCUCUUUCCAACUGAUCGUAGCUGUGUUGGGAGUCGACCUUCUUGCUUCCUUCUUUGCCGCCUACGGAUGGAUCUCUGGACCUGCUGUCGAACAUGGUGGAUGGGUCGAUAUCGUUACCAUUGUCAAGAUUUGGGGAUACUCAUUCGGUGUCACAGUCAUCAUCCUACUUGUCUACCUCAUCCUCAACAAGAUCUCGUGGUUAGACCAUAUUGGCAGAGUAUCUCGAUCGAAGAGAAACGAAAAACUUGAGAAUUUCCUUACCGACUUACAAAGAUUGACUAUCGUUCAUGAAUCAGAUCACAACGGAUCCUACUUCCGAUUCGCCUCUGGUGGAUCUGGCUCUGCCACACCUAAAGAAGGUUCAGGUGACGAUAAAGAUAAGAAACCGAAAUCAAAACCUAAAAAAGAACAAGAUAGUAAAUCUUCAGAUAAAGGUAAAGGAGUGGAGGGUGGAGAUAAGACACUGACGGAUCAUGCGGGUAAAGGUGAUCAGGCAGAAGCUCAAAAACAACAAGACCAAAAGAGACAACCUUCUAGUGGACCUGGAUCCAAACAAAAAGGAAGGGAAGGUGAACCCACGGAGGUCUCAACUAAGGAACAUUCUCAAGGUAACCCAGAUAGUAAUCUGAAUAAAGAUAAUUCACAAAGGACAGAUGAGGAUGAAAGAUCCAGUGAGGGAACUCAUGUGGAACCUUGA